UUUGCAUCCAAAGCUUAAUUUUACUCCUCGACCUCAGCUGUCCCGGUCAGGCUACAUCCCCGUUCCAUCGUCACUUUUUAUUUCGUUAUCCACUCGGCACAGCAGGGUACCUUACAUCGAUAUAGAGGAGCAUCCGGUUUUCUCCCCCUGGAGCCAAAUCCGAUUUUGUCCUAGCUUUACAGCAACGGGCGACUUUGAAAUUGUCAAUCCAAACAACGACUUCACUUUUUCUCAUCCAUCAUUCAGUACUUCUUUUAUCACCGCCUCCUUUCUUCCCACCAGGACUAGGGCCUUCUUUUGGCGACCGCCUGCGCAACACGCAUUGCUGUUCGCUUUUCUGCAUUUUUCGCAUAACGGCACUCGUUUUCUUGUCGGUACAUCCAGCAUCGUGUCCGCCAGCUGAGGCUCGAGGCUGUCGCGUGUCCGUCAUCUUACCUGUUUCAGCAGUCACCCUUGUCCUUCAUUUCUCGACAAUCUACACUAGUCCAUCCACUCGCUGGCUCUCCUUUUAUGAUCAUAUCCAUCACAUCGGUCUUGGCGGCAUCAUCAAUCCAAGCUUGAAGCAUCUGCUCCCAUCCGUUCGACAUCAAGCCAUUGCGCAGAACCUACAUAUCGAUUCUUUGUAGACUACCUGAGGAAAUAGGUCCUAGCCGCGACGGCAGAACCAACAUCGCAUUUAACAUUCAACAGUCUUGUGUGUUUGCAUGCGCUUGACGCGGACCGCGCGCCAGACUGGCCAAAUAUUAGACGUCUGGGGCUACAAGGCACAGCGGUUGAGAUCUAGCAGCUUCGUGAUCCAUUCAGACCGACGGUGUAACUACGCAAGACUUCCUGUCUCAUAUCUUGAGCCACCCGGGCCCAAGCCACUGCUGUGAGCUUAACAGGAAAAUCAACGUGCAACUAUUGAAGGGGCGCUUGCAGAGCCGCUUGCAUCAACAUGACAAGACCCGAAAUUAUUCGUGCCGACACGAUCGACCUCCAAAGCCGCGGCGCGCACUCUACCCAAGGUUUCCAUAGCUCGACAUCCAACGGACCCCUGGCUCCGCACCAGGCUGAGACCCUUCGUGAAGUUGCGGCGGAGGCGGCUGAGGAAUCGAUUCAUAGCCCUCAAGUCUCUUGGUCUGGAGGCGAGGCUGGUGGCCUCCAUCGCUACGCACACGAUCACGAAACAGGCGUUGACCAGGCUCACGACAACCUACAAAAUCAACUCUAUAGCGGCGGUGGAAACAACAUGGCUUCGCGCUCGCACCAGGACGCCUUGGCCGUUGCGCAGAAUGGCGGGCAUUCCGACAUUGAUGAUGGGGACCUCGACGGCGAUAACGAGAUUGAUGACGAUGAUGAUGGAAUGGACAAGAUCUCCAGCUCGCCCUCGAUAGAAGAUGAGGACAUCGAUUUCGAGUUUGUUUACGCCCUCCACACCUUUGUCGCUACUGUUGAAGGGCAAGCCAACGCGACAAAAGGCGACACCAUGGUUUUGCUCGACGACAGCAACAGCUACUGGUGGCUAGUGCGCGUCGUAAAAGACAGCAGCAUCGGCUACCUGCCCGCCGAACAUAUCGAAACGCCAACAGAGAGAUUGGCACGCUUGAACAAACACCGAAACAUAGACCUAUCCGCCACUAUGCUUGGGGAUCAAGCCGAUAAGUCUCGAAACCCCAUAGUGUCUGCGAUGAAACGAACGAAGCGAAAGACCGUCCAGUUCGCUGCUCCUACAUACGUCGAUUACUCUGAUAUCGAUUACUCUUCGGAUGAAGAAGAUCCAGAUGCAGAAUAUUUCGGUCAGCAGCAACAGGCACAGAAAACGCAGCAGUCGCAGAAGACGCAGCAGUCGAAUGUUCAGCAGAUAGAAUCCGACACAGAUCCCGAGGACGAGGCAGCAAAGGUUGAACCUCUAAAGCCCAGGCCACUUCAAACGAAGGACAACAAAACGGGUGAAGACAGCGCAGGCCGACUUGGAAUUCGAAACAGCGAGGAAAUCUUUGAGUCGAAAUCGAGCGAAGGACCUAAGAAGUCAAGCGACGGCAAUGUUCGGGACUCCUUCUUCAAGGACGAUGUUGAAACCAAGAAGAUCACCCUUACUCCUAACCUUCUGCGCGAUGAUUCCGCCGCGAGGACAUCUAGUGAUUCAAAUCAGUCGAAGCAGCGUCCAAGCUUGGAUAAGCUCGAGAAAGACAGCCCUACCAGCAAAGAUGACAAGAAAAAGAAGGAGAAGGAGAACACAAAGAAGCCUAGUGCUAUUCGAAGUUUCUUCUCCCGAAAAGACAAGAGGAAAGGACAGGAAGAUGACGAGACCCACGGAAAAUCGACACAGGAUGCCGACGGCCACGAAAGAGAACAUGAAGAGGACGAGCAGAAUAUUCUUUCAUCGCCGGAGAGAGCACCAGGCCCGCAACGAAAUCCAAGCAAGUUGCAAAAGUCACAGCCCACCAAUGCGAAGCCCAUUGCCGGAAUACUCAAGGAUACCAGCAUGGAUACGUCAAACUACAUGUCUGCUGGAAGGAUCAACAAUGUCUCAAACACUCCUCCUUCUACAAUGCGCCUGGUCGAACCGGAACCAAACGACAUGACAGAAGGAGGCCCGCAAGAGCAAAGAGGGCAAAGGGAACGGUCGCCAGAAACUUCCAGGAAGCAAGAGAACGUGGUGCAAUCUCGGGAUGCCGGAGCUCAGCAAAUCCCUCAGGCUCAACCCCGCUCAGAGAUGGAUUUCGAUUCCGAUGAAGAUGACACCACGGGUUCUACACAACAGCCACCGGCAACGGCCCAAGACCCUGAACCCCAGAGGCUGCAAGGGCGAUCUGCACAAGCUUCUCGCAACCCGUUCGCUACCGCACAGCCUGCGGCUUCUAGUGUGGCGCCGUCACAUCAGCAGCACGCUGAGCGCUUGUCCGAGUCUCCUGUACAUGUUUCACCUAUUCAAGCCGAUCACCGGACUUCGCCGACGCCCCCUCUGAUGGCUGACUCAUCCAGCCAAGAGGAUCGAUCCUCACCCAGACUUACGCCGUCACCGGAAAUGAUUGAGCAUGAAGAUGACGGAGCGGAUGAUAAAGACAUGUCUCCUCCUUCACCAGUUUCGACUAGUACGCCCACCUGGAAUGAUGCCAGUCUUCGUGCCUUCUUCGACUCGGGAUCUGAAAUUCGGGAUAUGCUUGUUGUGGUCUAUGAUAAGUCGGAUGUCGAACCUGUUGGGCCAGAUCACCCGAUUGCCGGCUCCUUGUUCAAGGAGCAGAAUGCCAAGUUGGCGGAAAUCACGACGCAACUUGAUAAUAUGCUCGGUGACUGGCUUGCUCGCAAGCAGAGGUUGAGGGGCGCUGUUUGAACGUCUCAUCUUGCUCCUGUUAUUGUUCCUUGAGGACCCCGGCGAAGGCCGUCCUGCCUACCUUGAGCGUGACUGAAGAUGGAUUCAUGCUUUUACGACUCUGUAUGCUCGAUUCUUUCGCUCCUCCUUUUCCCUUCCCUACUUUGUCAUGUUGUCCAUUUCUUCCCGCCUAUAAACGGCGGUGUUUCAAUCUGCUCAAACUUGUUCGGCUAGGCGUCUGAGAGACGGCGUCAGGGAAGGGUCGGUGGGUACGUCAGGUUUUCAGCACCUGUGUUCGAUUAAAAGAAUCGGGCAAUAUCAUGCAACAACUGCCCAACCGGAAAAGCAGUCGACCUCGGCGGGAGUUCAGAGGAUCUGCGGUCCUUUAUAUACCUUUCUCAGUAUUGUUUGUUACCAUCACAGUCAGAACUGACACGGAUUUCCUUUGUUUUGCACACCUUCUCUUCCUCUUUGUUCUUUUUUUUGGCGAUGGUGUUGAGAUGUUGGAUGGGUGAAGCGCUUGUCAUGCGUGAUGGAGGUGAAAAGUAAACUCGGCGGUGGAUCAUGAAGCAGGAUUCUUCGUGAAAUUCACAGCCUGCACGACCAAGCCUUGGUGCUUUUGUAUCUAAUUACCUCCCCUAGGUGGUUGAAGAGUUCAAACAGCCAAUGGUAAUGCUCACAGUUAAAAUGACC